CUCUAAGUCUAGCUGUAACUUAAACGCACUGACACACUCAUACUGUUUACCAGUUGGAUCCAUGCUGCUGCUCCUGAUUAAGAGGCCGAGCAGCCUGAGCGCCCGCUCUUGCCUUCAAAAGGAAGGACCUCGGCAACACAUCGUUAGCAGUAGCCCUUUUCCCUGUGCCUUUCGGCAUCUUGGACAGCUCCAUUAGAGGGGCUUACCUGGGGUAACAAGAGUUCGGCAAACAUAUAAUAUUGACACCUCCGCUUCCCCCAAUCCUCGUGCUAUUCAGCAGUCACAACCAUGGCAGGCGAAGUGCGACAACCAAUUGACACCAGGUCGUUAGAGCGCUACAUUGAAGCAAAUGUUCCAGAAAUCAAGGUUCCGCUCAAAGUAAAGCAGUUUGGAUAUGGCCAGUCGAACCCUACCUAUCAGCUUAUCGAUAAGACUGGCGCAAAGUAUGUGAUGCGCAAGAAGCCUCCAGGCAAGCUAUUGUCUAAGGCCGCCCAUAAAGUAGACCGAGAGUAUCGCAUCAUACAUGCCCUGGAGAAGACAGAUGUUCCAGUACCAAAAGCAUACUGCUUAUGUGAGGACGACAGCAUUGUUGGAACAGCAUUCUAUAUAAUGGAGUUCUUGGAUGGGCGCAUUUUUGAGGAUCCAUCACUUCCAGGCGUUUCCUCUCAAGAUCGAACGGAAAUGUGGCACGACGUCGUGCGUACACUUGCCAAGUUCCACACCGUAGAUCCAGACUCUGUCGGGCUCCCAACAUUUGGGAAGAAGUCGGGGUUCUACACCAGACAAAUCGCUACCUUUGCGAUGAUAUCUGCGGCUCAAGCGCAAGCAAAAGACAAGGAGACAAAGAAGCCUGUUGGCCAGAUACCCCACUACGACCAGAUGGUGGAGAUAUUUGGUAAGGAGGAGAAUCAGCCAAAGGACAGGGCGACGUUCGUUCACGGCGAUUAUAAGAUUGAUAACCUAGUGUUCCAUAAAACGGAACCUCGAGUCAUUGGAAUUCUUGACUGGGAGAUGGCUACAAUAGGUCAUCCAUUAUCCGAUUUAUCAAACCUUCUCAUGCCGUUUGUUCUUGCAAAGUCGAGGCUUGCGGCGGAAAUAGGCAAGGGCAACAUGGCUUUUAAAUCCGAUAACCCUGAUGGGCUGCCAGAACACGACCAGCUUGUACGAUGGUAUUCAGACGCUGCUAGAUGGGAUCCAUCGCCUGAUAUGACCUUUGGUGAGGCCUUCAGCAUGUACAGAGGAUCCGUGAUCUUGCAGGGCAUUGCCGCCCGGUACGCUCUGCGGCAAGCAAGCAGUGCACAGGCCAAGGAAUAUGGAAGCAGGAUGGCACCGUACGGAGAACUAGCUUGGGACCUGAUACAGUUGUUCAAGAAAGAGAAGUCGUCGAAGGCCAAGUUAUGAAAAAUGAAGUCCCCGGUCUCGGAACAGGUCAGGGUCGCUGCUUGGGGUAUCUG